UUCUGGGAAACGGCUUGUGAGCGGCGUUUCUGCGUCUGCUUUGGACAGCGAAGCUGCUGCGGAUCCUGAGUUGGAGGAGUGCCUGUGAAGAAAACAGGGUAUUUCCCUGAGGCCUGUAUCCUGCCUUGAUUGACUUUUCUUUAAGUAUUAUAAAUCAGGAUGUCUGCACAGUCCGUGGAAGAAGAUUCAAUACUUAUAAUCCCAACUCCAGAUGAAGAGGAAAAAAUUCUGAGAGUGAAGUUGGAGGAGGAUCCUGAUGGUGAAGAGGGAUCAAGCAUCCCCUGGAGCCAUCUUCCUGAUCCAGAGGUUUUCCGACAGCGAUUCAGGCAGUUUGGAUACCAGGAUUCCCCUGGGCCCCGUGAAGCUGUGAGCCAGCUUCGAGAACUUUGCCGUCUAUGGCUCAGGCCAGAGACACACACGAAAGAACAAAUUUUGGAGCUGGUAGUGCUGGAGCAGUUUGUUGCCAUCCUACCCAAGGAACUGCAGACCUGGGUUCGAGAGCAUCAUCCAGAGAAUGGAGAGGAGGCCGUGACAGUGCUGGAGGAUUUAGAGAGUGAGCUCGAUGACCCAGGACAGCCGGUUUCUCUCCGUCGACGAAAACGGGAAGUUCUGGUAGAGGAAAUAGUUUCUCAAGAUGAAGCUCAGGGAUUACCAAAUUCUGAGCUUGACGCUGUGGAGAACCAGCUCAAGUGGGCAUCCUGGGAGCUCCAUUCCCUAAGGCAUUGUGACGAUGAAGAUAGGACUGAAAAUGGAGCGCUAGCUCCAAAGCAGGAGAUUCCUUCAGCAGCAGAAUCUCAUGAAGUUCCUGGCACUCUCAAUAUAGGUGUUCCUCAAAUUUUUAAGUACGGAGAAGCCUGUUUCCCCAAGGGCAGAUUUGAAAGAAAGAGAAAUCCCUCUCGAAAGAAACAGCAUAUAUGUGAUGAAUGUGGAAAACACUUCAGUCAGGGUUCAGCCCUCAUUCUUCAUCAAAGAAUCCACAGUGGGGAGAAACCCUAUGGAUGUGUUGAAUGCGGGAAAGCAUUCAGCAGAAGUUCUAUCCUUGUGCAGCAUCAGAGAGUCCAUACUGGAGAAAAACCUUACAAAUGUCUUGAAUGUGGAAAAGCCUUUAGCCAGAAUUCUGGGCUCAUUAAUCAUCAGAGAAUCCAUACUGGGGAGAAACCUUAUGAAUGCGUUCAGUGUGGGAAAUCUUAUAGUCAAAGCUCAAAUCUUUUUAGACAUCAGCGAAGACACAAUGCAGAAAAACUUCUGAAUGUUGUGAAAGUAUAAGAAAUUACAAAAAAAAAUCAGCACUCAGGUCUUUUUCUUCAGAAAUGAAGACAAAAUUAAAAACAUGAAAUGAUAAAUAAUAGUUUUAUUUCCCUAUAUAGACUGUAGAAAAUCCACUGGGAAAUGUAGAAAAUCUUCACCCACCAUUAUUUUAUCUUGAAAGAAAUGAUGUCAUACCUGCCUAGAAACUGAAAUUUUCAACUUAAUUCAGGUGUUAAUGCCUAAAUCUUCCUUGUGAUAUUUAUAUUAUUACUUUUCCAAAUAAUGAACUACCUGAUCCUUUGUCCCUUUAAAGUUUCCUUUUUAGACAUACAUUAUUUCUUUGUUGAUCAUUAAAAUGUUCUUUGCAAGGAUACAUUCCCUUCUACAUUAAAAGGCAACAUAGGAAUCAAAAUCUGAAAACCGAAACCAUUUUUAAAAGAUUUACCCUUCUGCUUCCUUUUACCUAAUUUGAAUAUGCAUUUCAGAAAAUAGAAGAUAAAGGAUGACCAAAAGCCUCAAAGUAAAAUGAGCCUUAAAACUCAGAUAAGAAGUGAUGGUGAUAAAAGAUCAAAAAGUGAAUGGGACACCUAGAUUGGGCAAGACAAAUACUUUGAUCCAAGAAUUGAAGUAUAUCAAGAAUUUAUCUCAAUGUAAUUAUCUGCCUGCAGGGAAACUCAAACACCGCUUAUCCUGUCUAAUUUGAUGGCAUCCCACUAAUGAGAAUCAUGGUCUCCUGUGUUACCAGUAGAAAGUGGACAGUGAACAGUAAACACUUGUAAAACUAUGAGAGUAGACAUUCUAACACUAGGGAAGAAUUUGUAGUGAACGGCAGUGUUGAAGGGCAAAUGUAAACAGGAGGGUAAUGGUCUGUCUUGGCUUUUAGAAAUAAGAGACUUGAAGAUCUAAUUUAUUAUUUUGCCUUUUUUUGGUUAAGGACAUAAAAAUCCAUGACAGGUGGGCAACAAGUAUCAGGUUUGCUGUUUUAUUCUUUUGGUACAAAAGGGUUGCACACCAGGCUAACAAAACAGCCAUGCAUUUAUUAUUAAACAUUUUCUACCGACAAGGCACUGUGCUAGGUACUGUAACCCUACCAUAGGUAGGUAGACAUUUCUUCCACUGUAAAUCAUUGGGGAUUUGGUCUAAAGCUGUUUCAUGUGGGUUAGCUGCUUCCCUCUGUCUGAGAAGUCCUGGGGGAGGUCAUCUCUGAGAUUCACAGAGCCAUAGUUCUCUUACCAGGGUGUGUAUUUGGGGGAAAAGAAGACUCCGCUCAUAGAGCUAGCCAGCUCUCCAGCAAUCUUCAGAGGUGAGUCCAAGAAACUUUUAACACAGUUUGGAGGUUUGUGGGUCUUUAAAAAAAACUAAUCAAUCUCUAAUAGCAUUGAGGUUGUACUUACAUGUUAAGUUGAAUGGAUUGUUCUAUUUAAAAAUAAUAGGUUAUUAACAACUAGUUUAUUAACUAUCAGAAUUGAUUGAACUAUUUUUUUUUUAAUUUUAAGUCUUAACACAUUUUAAAAAAUGUAUAAAAAGUAAUACAUUGUAGUAGUAGGAUUAUAUACUCCUUGGCUGAGAAUCCCAAGUACUGUGGUUUUACUGUUUAGUGGAAAACUCUGGAAGUUAAAAUAGAGAAUAUGAGGAAAGACUUCUUUAUAGUGGGCAUUAAUUGUGUGGAAAAUGACCCAUGUGAAUAAAAAGAUUUCAUAGUUCCAGAGAUUUUGGUUACAUCUGGUGCUUGGAUCAAAUUUGAAAAUGGAAGGUGAGAUUUGCAUGAGCCUGUUAAAAAGCAUAGUAAUAAAUGCAAGGCCAGCUGGUGGAAAAGUGAGGCAGAAUGGAGCUUGUUUAUAGAUUUCCUGAUAACAAUUAAUUAUAAGAAAUGUGCUUUAUAGAUUAAGAUUUAUUGAAGUAUAAAUAUGUAGUAAUGAUAUAAUGUAUUUUAAGUUAUACAAGAAAAUGUAGGGACUUUUGUUUGGGUCUUUUUCUCUUUGUGGCUGAGAGGAAACAAGUCAAUGUCCAAUAAAGCUAUAAACUCCUCCGCUCUAAGAUAAAACGAUCUUGAGUUGAUUUAUUUAUUUAUAACUGGCUUCUUUCCAAGUAGGUUUUGAGGUGGCAUAUUUUUACUACUUCUGCUGAAAUGACAGAGUUCUUGUAUCAGAGUAGGUAAGAAGGGAGCAACCUCUCAAUAGCUAGAAUUUCACCCUUUUUUUAGAUCUUACAUCUUUCCUGUAUACAAAGAAGCUUCCCUGUGGUACAUUUGUCACAAAUGCCAAAGAUGUUUGGUAUAAUGUCAGAGCUUAGAAAAAGUGGUGUUAGACGUGGCAAAUACGAGUUUAUCUUGUCAGCUCUGAUACCUGUGCGUUGUUUAGAAGGGAUUCUGAAGCUAAGGCAAGGCUCGGUGGGGAAACUGGGCUGGACCCAAAAAGACUGGAUUAGGAUAUAUGGAAAAAGAAAUGGUAGUCUGUGUAAUCACCAUCUUCUAUUAGGCUAAGUCCCUAGACCAAUUGAUUUAAAGUAACUCUUCAGUGAUUUAUUAUUUCAUCCAGACAUUAAUUUAUACCUCCGCAGAUAGUCAUAGUUAGCAAUCUGGGGGCUGCCCAGCCUCUGAUGAAGUGGUGAGCUGUCCAUUGCCAAGCAGUGCCAUCUGUUUGGUUAGUAAAAGAGCAGUCAUUGUUCAUGGCACGCAGACCGCUGAUAACUGCCCAGUAGCUACUGAGCAGUUGCUCAUUACUGCUAAAGUUUCUUUUGGUUUUCUUGGAGGUUAAACCCCCCAAAUUUGAUUUAGCAAUGUGCGUAUCACAUUUAGUAAAUUGAAGGGUGGGUUGUAUGCAUUGAGAUAAUCUGCACACCAGGCCUCAGAUCAGUCACUAUACCUAUCUCACUUAGAUUGGUAGGCAAGGAAAGAAAGAUUCGGAGAUUGUGUGACUUGCAUGUGGCCAAUUAGAGCUAAAACUCAAAUCUAGUUUGUGAUUUACCCCUGUGAACUUAACAGGGGUAUCUGUCUUUUCACGGUGUAGUGAGUGGUGGCUGUUCAACCUUGAUUUCUAAAUGUCAGUACAGAAAUGUUAAAUGGAAAAAGGACAUUCCUCUUCACACUCUUCCUCAGAAGUAAUACUUACUUGGUUUGCUAUUCUUCCAGACUUAGGAAUAUACAUAUUUAAGCAAAAUGUGUUAAUAGUUGACACUGAGGUUGCUGCGCAUGGGCACUGUUGGAAGCGCUUUACCAUGGAUUAGCUCUUAGUCCUCACAGCAACCAUAUGACGUAGGUACAUAUCCCUGUUUUCCAUGUACUGCACUGAAAAUUGCCUCCCCUCCCUCUCACCUCGUUGUAGACAUUGUUCUUUAUGGCUGCACACUGCUCCAUUGCAUGAAUAUACUGUAGUUUAUUUAACCCCUUAUGGAUGGAAAGGAAGUUCUUUCCAAUUUUUUAUUAUAAAGGUAUAGGUACCAUCCUUAUCCAUCUAUUUUGCUGCCUGUGUGGAUAUUAUUUCUGUAGGAUAAAUAGCAGGAAAUAGAUUUAUCAGGUCAGAGAAUGUGCACAUUUUAAGUGUUGAGAACUAGCACCAAAAAGAUGGUACUAAUUUGCAGCUCCCAUCAGUAGAGUGCCUGUUUGCCUCCACUCCCACCAACCCUGAAUCCUGAAUGUUUUUACCACUCUGGUAGGUGAAAUUUGUCUUUUUAUUAGUAAGGAGGAACAUCUUUUUAUGUUUAUUGGCCAUUUCCAUUUCCUGUUGAGAGCUGUUUGCCAUUUUUCUUUUUUUAAUUAUGAAAGUAUAAAUGACUACCAUCCCAUUAUACCAUUAUACUAAAUACACAAGUAUAAGAGCAGAGAGGCCCUUUUCUCCAGCACUUCCAGUCACAUUCCACCAUCCACAGUUUGACAUAAAUCCAUCUAGCUGCCUUUCCAUACAUUUCCAUAUGAAUAUACAGAACAAUGCUAUUUUUACAUAAAAUCAUAGAUCUGUAUUGUUCACCUUCCUUUUUCUGGUUUUUCCUUUAGUCUCAAAAAUCCUGAGGUCUUUACGUUUCUUUAAUGGUUGAUUAGGAUGCAAUACUAUGGAAAUCCCAUUAUUCAACUAUUCCCUUAACUUUUUCUCUUGCUAUUUACACUGCCAAAGGAAACAUCUUUUUCAUAUAUUUCUGUGCACAUGUGUGAAUUUCUUUAAGAUGGAGUUGUAUGAGGUGGAUAGUUGGGUCCAAGGAUAUGCUUUCUGAUAGACCCAUCUUAGCCUUCCCAAAGGUCUUCAUAACUUUCUGUUUUUACCCUAUGUAUGGAAAGUGCUCAUUUCCCCACAUAGCCUUACCUACGCUUGGUAAUUGCUAUCUAAUGGGCAAAAAAGAAAAAAAAAUCAUCUUGUAUUUCCUGAUUAAUGGUGAGGUUGAGUUAUUUUCAUAUGUUUAUUAUUGGCCACUUUUAUCAUGGAUUGUUUGUUCAUGUCCUUUACCUAUAAUAGCUUUUCUGUUGGGUUAUGUGUGGAUCUAUGUUGUUGGGUGUUUUGGGGUUUUUUUUGUUGUUCAGCAUCUCUUUCCCCAUUGUCUGGUAACACAAUCCUUAUUUAUUGUGGGGAACCCAUUCCCUGUGGCUUAGAUGAGUAGGUGACCCGGUUUGGCCUUCCUGAGUCCUGCAGCUUCUUAGCCACAGUGAUUAAAAGAAUGGGCAUGUAACUCAAGCCAGGCUAAAGAGAGCUCUCAACAGAACUUCUGCUGGAACUAUUGGAAAGAAGGCUCUACAGAGAUUCCGUGAACUAAGGACUGUGUAAGCCUGAAUUUACACCAUGUGGAGAGAGUCUGAGGAGAAACUCAGAGGCUAGCAGAAAGAAAUGAGAACUCAGUUCUGAUGUCAUUUUUCUGGAGGCCCUAGAUCCAGCUGUGCCUAAAGCCUGCCCUACCUCCGAACUUUAAAGUUUUGUGAGCCAAUAAAGUCCCUUUCUUGUUUAAAAUAA